GAUUGGACGAAGAAUUUUUGACCGGGAUGAAUUUUCAACAUCCUGGGAAGAUCUUUGCCGGUCGGGUCGGAGCAGGGGGUAAUGCUGCUGCUGGUUCGGGAGCAGGACUAAAUUCUGCAGCAGCAGCGUCGUCUUUUUCUAGCCAUGGCGGCGGCUCUACGCAGGGCGUCAGAAGGAUUAUUUCGGGGGAAGUAGAAGAUCAUCUUAAACUUAAUCAGAAGGAGCUGCAUGGAAGCAAAAGUUGUACUAUACUACCUGCUUCCACCGUCGCGGCGCAGCAGCACGACCAUGGCCACACGGAGCUGGGGACAAGAAAUUUAUUCGACGUGGUGUCCUCCGCGCCGCGUACUUCUUGCCCGCUCCGGCUGCUGCACUGGAAUGUCUUGGCGGAUUGCCUCGCGACCAAGGAAAGGUUUCCGAAGACCGUCAUCGAUCCGCAAUUUCUUCGGAAAGAACACCGCGCAAAACUGAUCGCGGAGGAGAUUUUUCGCUUAUCCUGUGUACUUAAAAGGGCCCCCACCCCAUAGUCAAGUUGGGACUUUGGCAAGACAAAUCGAGCAUCUUUGGGACUCGCGCAUGACAAGGUCAUGGCUGAGCAGUGUAGUCGUGCCUAGCUGGUUCAAACGCAUCACAGUUCCAGUCUGUCAUCCUGAUUAGCGCAUGACAGAUUUUUGCAAACUCCACUUCUAGGUAACGCCUCUUGACAUGGAGAGCCACAUGACACACAUUCUGAGUAUGCAGAUCCGCAUGAAAACUAGAGGGUAGGGACGUUUUUACUCAGGAUACCGGUUCCCAUCACAUCACCUCCCAAAGGACGUCGCGUGUAGCACUGACAGACCGG